AUCUACAUCAAGCCAGUCAUUACCACAUACAAGAAUGCUGYAUUGCGCUUUCUCGAUUUUGCCGAGCGACCAAUCUGCGGUCCAGCGAAGAGUUUGAGAGGACACCAUUUCGCAAGACAGGGUCAACCACAAACCUGCAACUAUGGCCGAGAGGAGCCAAUCCAACUUCAAAAUGAUGGCGAUGGUUGUUUUUGUGGCCGUCUUGUCCAUGCUUUCUAUCGUUCGCGAUACCUCCACUCUGAGAAAAUACCAUGGGGACGAUAGUAUCCUUGGCAAUACCACAAUCAGUCAUCCUCGAGUGACUUACAGUCAAUCGAUUCCUCCUGCCGAACAAUUGAUCAACCCAAAAAAUAUUCCUUCCUUCAUGACGAAUUAUUUCAAAUGGCAUAGAAGGCAAUUGGAGCAAAUKCAUGAUGACGAAGAAAAAGUGGCAGAAAAUGGUAUCCGUGCAGAUGACCAUGACUUUUUGGAAAACUAUCGAUUUUUGGUUCUGCGUUGUGCCGGGAAUGAUCGAUGCGGCGGACUAUCGGAUCGCUUGAAAGCCUUCCCGCUGUUUAUUUGGUACGCCGCCACGACCAAUAGAAUUCUAUUUAUCCGAUGGGGAAGUGACAGGCCGGCACCAAUUGAAACAUUUAUGAAACCUGGAAAUUUCUGGAAUUGGACCGUUCCGGAUGCGCUGAUGCGCAAAAUAAAAAUGCUUGAUGAGAACGACAACAACAAUGGUAAUAGCCGUGGGAGAUUUACCCGAUUGUACUUCGAGUCAGGAAAUAAAUCAGGUAGAAAGAACAUGAAUCGCAUCAGUGACCAAAGCAUUUGGAUGGUAGAAGGCAACGAAUAUAGUGGUGGACAGUAUCUGUACCAAAGGGCCCUCAGUGAAGCUUUGAAGGGAGAGUCCUCGUUGUCAUCAGAGAACAAUCGUUCACCUCAUACUAGCGACUUGUUUUCUGCCUCAAAGCUUCAACCGAGAGAUGUUGACUAUAAAAAUUUCUACCACGAUUUGUUCCAUGCUACCUUUCGUCCUUCCUCAAGCGUGAGUAAGCAUCUGGAUGCGUACUUUUAUAAUAGAGCAGACUACACUGUCGACGACAACAAUGGCAUAGGCAACAAGACAUUAGAGGAGACAGGAGACGAUGCACUCUUUUCGUUGGCGUCAAAGUCAUGGUUGCCGAUUCCAUUGCAACGAAAUCAAUAUGCCGUGGCACAUUAUCGCGCAAAAUAUCCGGGAGAACCCUUUCGAGAAACUCAGAACCGAACGGUAUUGCGAGAAACAACGAUUCACGCUGUGGAGUGUGCAAAAACACGCGUUGGGCAUUCAAGAACGCAAGACAAUUCUCAAAACAACAGGCAUUCUUCCUCAGUAGCUAGUGAAAGAGUAUCGGCUGUGUACAUGGCUUCGGAUACCGGUGAGUGAACAUAUUGCAACGAUUUMGUAGGAGUACYUCUAGGAUGCAAGCAUUGAUAUUGCGGAUGGUACGAAAGAAUUCGAUCGUCUCAUUUCCUCUUCCUAUCUUUGAACAAACAAAAUCAACCAUACGUCUGUUAACCAGCCCUGGUAGUUGAGGCCGCUCGAGAAGCUUACGUCAGUCUGAACGAUAGCGGAUCAAAAGAUGGUGAUCAUGAGAAGGMUUCCUUGAAUGUGUGGACGUACUUGGAUCUCCAGUCGUAUGAUACAGACUACAACAUAGCAGCCAGCGAUGGCAUUGGACAGAUAAAAACAAAAAACACCAUAGCCCUGGCGGAAGAUCCACCUCAUUUGAAUUUCGCCAAACCGGACCAUCUUUCCACCUUUUACUCGAUUUUCGUCGACUUGUUCCUCAUGAGUUACUCAAACUGCGUUGUGUAYGGGGCGGGAGGUUUCGGGAGAUUGGGAUCCCUUGUAAGCUAUCGUCCGCGGUGUGGAAUGGCCUUCACAGAGAACCAAGGUGUCUUGCAGCAAUGUGAUCCAUAUGAUUGAUAUACAUGGCUUUGAAGAAGGUGGUCAGAAAUCGUACUCCGUUCUCCGUUGUGGCAAAUAUUUCUUUCAAACGAAGGAAAGACUGCCGAAAUAACUUAUGCAUCUUACAAUUCGUAUUGUCUUGAUUGUGAGAUAUGUCCUACGAGCAAYGAGGGUCUMUGUCUGCAUGAAAASAGCUCUACGAAGUUCAGUACCGRUACAAGGUGACUCACGCAAAUAUACUASGCGUAAAAUA